AUGACUUUAAAUUAUUUGCAAGCAUCUUUGGAGUCACGUGAGAUGCAGAUGAACGAGAAAUCAAGUGGCACAUUUGAGCAAGCUUUAAAAGCUCAAACAAAUGUGAGAAAUGAGGGACCUGUGCAAAGAAGGCCAAACCACUUUCAAAGAGGACAUAGUUCCAAAGAUACUUGUUCCAAUAACCAUUUAAGUGGGAAUAAGGAACUAUUUAGUAACUUAGAUGAAAGUUUCCGCAACGUAGUCAAGCUCGAUGAUAAUUCAAAACUUCAAGUUUUGGGAAAAGGAAAGAUCGCCAUCAGAUUGAAGGAUGGAUACUUGAAUUAUAUUUCUGAUGUAUUAUAUGUACCUAGUAUAUGUCAAAAUCUCUUAAGCGUUGGACAACUUGCUGAGAAAGGCUAUGAUUUAAACUUCAAUAAAAGAGGUUGCACUAUCAAUGAUGCUGAGAUAUGCCUCAUAGCAAACACAGACAUGUCAAGGAAUUGUCUAUUUCCAAUGAACAUCAAGUAUAGUGCUAAUAUGUGUUGCAAAAUUGUAUCUACUGAUGAUAAUUGGGUUUGA